AUGCUUUCUGAUGAGCUUGACUCCAAACCAGAGCUGCUGGUGCAGUUUGUGCAGAGCGCGUCCAUCCCACUGGUGCAGGGUUUGGAAGAGGCCAAAGCCAAAUCCUGUGUCCCUCUGCUGCCCCCUGCUGUCAGCUCCCUGUGCAGCCCUCUGCGGGUCUCUGAUGCAGGUCUAAGCCAUGAGCCGGGCAGCUCUCCCUCUCUGUCUGAGUUUAGGGCGGUCUCUGAGGACAGUCCCCUGGUCCCUGCCCACUCCUCACCCGGUCCUCUACCCGUCCUCCAUGAGCUGCAGCCUGACACCAGCUCCUACGUCCUGCUCAACCUUGCUAAAGCCUCCUCAGAGUCCCUGAUAUUUGCAGACGGCCCGGAUGAUGAUGAUGAAGACGGGGUUCUGUCGGGGGACUACGGGGUGGAUGGUGCACCCUGGUACCUGCGCGUUCAAGAGCUUGCCCACGACAGCCUCAUUGCCGCCACACGUGCUCAGAUUGCACGAGACGCCAGAGCCAAUCAGGAGGCUCGAGCCGGGACCACUGUGACCAACGGCGACUUCUCCCCCAGCUUGCCACCAGACGCAGACGACAGGAGGAAGAGUGUCUCUCAUCCUCCUCGCUCUGGUCCAAAGUCUGUGCUGCACUGCUCUUACGAAGGCUGCUGCCGGACCUUCACCUGGCCGGCCCACCUCAAGUACCACCUCAAAACUCACAGGAAUGACCGUAUGUUCCGGUGCGGAGCGGAGGGCUGUGGGAAGAGCUUCUACGUUCUGCAGAGGCUCCAGGUUCACAUGAGGACGCACAGUGGAGACAAGCCCUUCAUCUGCAAAGAGAAGAACUGUGGGAAGAAGUUCACCACAGCAGGGAAUCUUAAGAACCACCGCCGCAUUCACACAGGGGAGAAGCCUUUUCUGUGUGAAGCAGACGGAUGUGGCCGCUCCUUUGCUGAAUACUCAAGUCUCCGCAAACACAUGCUAGUUCAUUCAGGUGAGAAGCCGCAUCUCUGUGGCGUCUGUGGGAAAACCUUCUCUCAGUCCGGGAGCAGAAACGUGCACAUGAGGAAACGUCACGGAGACGAAAGCAUGAGCCACGAAUCCCAAGACACAGGCGAGGCUCUGACACACAGCAGUUUACUGGAGGACGCAGAGGGGAUGGUCUCCAUGACAACAGCGGUGAACCCACUGAACGUCCACCACGCCAUGCUCAGGGCGCCAGGUUCCUCGGACUCCGUGGUGGUUCUGUCCCAGCCUCACGACCUGGUUUCCAUGACGACAGGCCAUUCAUACGACGUGGAGGUGGUCACGCUACUUUAA